CGAUACCUUGACGGGUGUCUAUUGUUAUUCUACUUCGUCUGGCGUUCGUCGUCGCCGGCGCCCGCUGCCUCCAGCCAUAAGUCUGCCAGUCUGCGUCCGGGGCUUCAAUCCUCAUGCCAGCAGAGGCGGCACGGAAGCGGUUGCGUCACGGGCGACUUGAAACUUAAAAGCAUGUGGAAAGACACUCUUCCACCGCUCCAAUGAAUACACACCCGCCCGUCCUCGACUGCGAUCCCGAAGCAUCACCCGACGACAAGUCUCGAGCAGCAAGCGUUGAAUCACAAUGACCGAACUCAUGAAGGCCUGGCGGUUGCCCUCGCCGGGCCACUUUGAAACGCACAUGAAGCUCCACGACGACGUGCCUCGGCCGACAAAGCAGGCGCUCAAGAGCGGACAAAUCAUCAUCAAAGUCGUCAGCGCCAGCCUCAACCCCGCCGACUACAAGGCGCCGCUCAUGGGCGCCGCCUCUCGGCUGGCGCUCUCGUACCCCAGGACGCUCGGCAUGGACCUCGCCGGCCAGGUUGCCGCCGUCGCCGACGGGGUCACCGACGUCAAGGUCGGCGACAGUGUUGUUGCGUUCCUCACGCCGCGCCGACACGCAGAUGGCGCCUUGUCCGAGUUCGUCGUCGCGGGCCACGACGAGUACGCUCCGCUCGCCGCGGACACGGACCUGGACCAGGCAAGCGGCCUCGGCGUGGCGGCCCUCACGGCCUACCAGACCAUCACGCCGCACGUCAAGGCUGGCCAUCGCGUGUUCCUCAACGGUGGCUCGGGCGGUACGGGCUCAUACGGCAUCCAGGUCGCCAAGAUCCUCGGCUGCCAUGUCACCGUUACCUGCUCGCCCGGCAAGGUUGACCUCUGCAAGGCCCUCGGUGCCGACGAGACCAUUGACUACCGCAACGCGGACGUCAUCGAAGCGCUCAAAGCCUCGGGGCCCUACGACCUUGUGGUGGACCUCGUCGGCAACUCGCCGCCCAAUCUCUACGUUGCGUCCUCCGCCUUCAUGACUCCCAGCGGCAAGUUUGUCUGGGUCGCCGAUUCGGCAUCCAUGAAGAACCUGCCUCGGCUCAUCGAAGCGUAUGUACGGCCCUCGUUCCUGGGAGGUGGCCGGAACAGGCUCCUGAUGUAUCUGACCUACACGAAGCGACAGGAUUUGGAACAGCUGGCGCAGUGGCUGGUGCAAGGUAAGCUCCGCACGGCUGUGGACUCGACGGAUGCGUUUGAGGACGCGAAAAAGGCGUUUCGGAGGCUUGCCACGGGAUCGGCCGCGGGCAAGGUCAUUGUCCACGUCUCAACCAAAUAGCCAUCGAUCGAAGACGUAGGCACUACGUGGGGAGCUGUUGGCGCUGGCAAGGACGAUAACAAAAUUGCGUUCGCCUUUGCUACCAGGAUACCAUCUCUAAAGAAGUAAUUGUUCAAUUUACCUCGUCC